AUGUUUGAAGAUUGUUGUAAAGAUGAUGGUGAUGAGCAUGACGAUCAGCCAUGCGAAUAUGGAAGUGAAGUAGUCGGACGACUAGAGAUUGCUGAGCUAUCUGAUGCUGAUUCAAGGGCUUCACAAGUUCAAGAACAAGGACUAACGGAUGACCAGGAAAGCUUGCGCAAAAACUUGUCUAAUACAGGCGCAUGUUUUUCAUACCAGGAAUCCGACUUUUGGGACAUUUUGUGUACAUUAAAGUGUUUUCUAGACGAACCAAUUGCUACCUAUGAAACAAAAGUUUUGAAACAAAUCGGGCUUGCAGUAGUGGAUAUGUGUCUGGUUUGUAUGCAUGGGUUCGUGAAGGGGACGGUGUUUGCAACGAGCCAGUGUGUUCCCCCGGCUGAUAUGUGUCCCAUUUGUCUGCAGGGGUUCUUGACGGGGAUGAUGGUUUCAAUGACCCCGUGUUCGCAUUCGUUUCAUAGGGACUGCCUGUCACAAUGGUUAUCAAAGACUAAUUCCUGCCCAAUGUGUCGAUCACUUUGCACAGGAACCACAGGUUUUACCGUAGUUUAUCUGUAA